AUACAUGUUAGUACCAGUUUAGAUUUUAGAACGGCGAAGAUGAGCGACGACAUCCUGGACAACAUGUCCCUCUCGGAUGACGAGAUGCUGGACAACUUGGCGGAUGACAUGCUCGUGGAGAUGUCGGAGGUGGAAGUAGCACAGCCGGCAAUACCAUACACCCCCGCUGUGCCAGCGUCUUGGGCCCGUGGCGCAGUCUCGACGUCUAACGCCGCGGCUGCACCACCUCCAAUGCCAGAUUUGAGCCAAAUGGUGUCCCAGAUGAUGCCUAUGAUGUCACAAAUGUUUGGAGGCAAUGCUGGUGCGAAUCCGAUGCUCCCAGGCGGUGCCAACUCGCUGCAGCGCGCUUCAGUCUCGUGGCAGGAGCUUGUGAGUCGCCACGUGCCCAGCAAGGAGCAGGAAGACUGGCUCACGACCAUCGACAAGGACGCAACCAAACUGCGCGUCGCCAGCUCUACCAAGGUAUCGACUAAGCCUCACAGUCGCUCAUACCGGACGAAAGCGUCAGCGAUGCCGAACGUGUGUAUGGAGGUGGGCACGAUGCUUGCCAGUAUGCUGAACGAAGCCGUGCGCUCUGCGCAGCAGGAGCAUACUCGUCAGUGGCAGGAGCUGCGGGACAGCUUGGUCUCGCAGCUUUCACGAACUGGGAUGACGCAGGUAUACGAGCACAAAUUCAAAGAAAUGCUGCGGCAACGUGUUGCCAACAACCCGGACUACCUCGCGGAGAAGGACAAUGAACGCUACCGCAACAUUACAGAUGCACUCUUUGUGUAG